UACUUUACAUGGCGGCAGCACCGUGGAAUCGAUUGGCGCCUCAUCCGAGCACCGGGACGAUGAGCGCGAUCGAUCCGCCGCCGCGCGGCCAGAUCUGGAUCGUCAACAACAUCCAGAAGCGCAAGAACAUCCGCGACUUGCUUCUGAGUGCGGCGGCCUUUGGUGUCGUCGAGGUCUUUGUCGUCGGCCACAAGCUCCUCAGCUUCGAGUCGGCGCUCCAAUUCGACGAUACGAUGCCAGGGUUCGAGCUGCCCUUUCCGAUCACACGCUGCGCGACGCUCGUCGAGUGCCGGAACCUCCUCAAGACGCGGAAUCCGCUGACGCAAAUCGUUGGCAUCGAGAUCCUCCACAACGCCAAGAGCGUCAACGACAAGGAUGUGUUUACCGCAGCGCCGAUGGCCUUUAUGGUCGGCAACGAAGGCAGCGGCCUCUCGGACGCUCAAGUGGCUAUCUGCGACGGGUUUGUGUACAUUCCGCAAUACGGUGGUGGCACCGCGUCGCUCAACGUCACGGUCGCCGCGUCCAUCAUCAUGCACAAGUACGCCGCCUGGGCACGUUCGUCGGUCCAUUGCAGCUAAAGCUACCAACAUACCAAAAUGUGAUUCGAUGCACAUGAGAUACUAUCUGGCAACUUCACAUUUGGUCUCGAA